GCGCUGUAACCCAGUGCUGCUGCCGGGGCUGACGCUGUUGUUCGGUUGCCGAGGUGACUGACCCGGACUGGGUGAGAUUUGAGGCAGUACUUGUCGGACUGAACCGAGCUGGGCCCCGGGUAGCUGAAGCAAUGGUGCCCGUUCUGGAUGCGCUUUGGGAGGAUAGGGAUGUUAGGUUUGACAUUUCGCCUCAACAAAUGAAAAUGAGACCUGGAGAGGUCCUAAUUGACUGCUUGGACUCCAUCGAAGAUACUAAAGGAAAUAACGGGGAUAAAGGUAGAUUGCUUGUGACCAAUUUGCGAAUUAUCUGGCACUCACUGGCUCUUCCACGUGUGAAUUUAUCUGUUGGCUACAACUCUAUUAUAAACAUUACAACCCGAACUGCCAAUUCGAAACUUAGGGGCCAAACCGAAGCUCUCUUCAUUCUGACAAAAUGUAACAACACACGAUUUGAGUUCAUCUUUACCAGUGUGGUUCCAGGAAGUCCUCGGCUAUUCACCACAGUCAUUGCAGUACAUAGGGCAUAUGAAACAUCAAAAAUUUAUAGAGAUCUUAAAUUAAGAGGAGCUCUCAUUCAAAACAAGCAGUUACGACUUCUGCCACAGGAACAGGUGUAUGAUAAAAUUAAUGGUGUCUGGAAUCUAUCGAGUGAUCAGGGCAAUUUGGGAACCUUUUUCAUCACAAAUGUUCGAAUAGUAUGGCAUGCCAAUAUGAAUGAUAGUUUUAAUGUUAGCAUUCCUUAUUUACAAAUUCGAUCAAUAAAAAUCAGGGACUCAAAAUUUGGGCUAGCACUUGUGAUUGAAAGCUCACAGCAGAGUGGAGGAUAUGUUCUUGGUUUUAAAAUUGAUCCUGUGGAAAAACUUCAAGAAGCAGUAAAGGAGAUAAAUUCCUUGCAUAAAGUUUACUCUGCCUGCCCAAUCUUUGGAGUUCAAUAUGAAAUGGAGGAAAAGGCUUGCAGCCCCAACAGGCAGUUUAUAACACCACACAGGCUGAACAGAAAAGCGGAAUCGAGAAGCCAAACCAAGAGCAGUGUUGCAACAAAGGGCAUCCAAGAGUUGGGGAAGCCAACCAAGCGCUAUCCAAACAAGAGCUUCCAGUCACGGGCCUGUUCUAAACCAAGAGAACCAUCAGCUAGAACCUCAACAAUCAACAGUACUUUAAAAUUGCUCUUUCCCCCUGUGGUGAGCUUAAACUCCUGAGACUCUGAAGUUUUUGACCUAAGUAGUGUGGAGGGGAAGAUGGGUGAUGACGGUGUAGGGAAUCCCAAGGUUAGGAAGCCUGAUUAAAGUUUCUGUGAUUAAAAUUAUUGUUUUGGAUUCAAACAGCAUUACGUUUGUGUUUAAUAGUGUAUUUAAUGACUGUCCUCUGGAUAAUUCAUAGUGUUGAUUUCACUGUUUGUUGCAUUUACCUUUAUUUUCUUGUUUUUUUUGUAUUUAAAUAAAUACAGAGAUUCUUUUACCCUAUAACACCUGUCCAUUGCCUUCAACAUUUCACAUUCCCUAAGUAAGUCCACUGUCUAAAAUCAGGGAUCUAAGGGUGAUUCAAAACACCUAAAAUCAGCACACUACUGAGCACAAACUAGAACCGUACAAUACAGAUACCAGAUCUCAUUGUUGACCAUUCCGUGCACAGAUUAUGACAAAUAGUUUAAGAUGAAUUCAUCUUAUACUUGGUAAACUCUCAAUAAUAAUAUAAAAUGCAUAGCUGUGUUUGCCAUAGUGACUGCUCAUUGUUAUUUUUAUUAAUGCUCUGUUGGAUUUAUUAAUGCUCGGUUGUACCUGUACUACUU